AGUUGAGUGUGGGACGUCUACCAAUCUUCGUCUACUACAAUACCGUCUCUCCCCUCCUCAAGACAAUAUCCUAUAGGCUCAGUGUCGAAGGGCCUUUAUGCAUUAAAACCAAUAAUGUGAGAACCCGAUGCAGACCUCGUGUCAUGGACGUUUAAUUGUAACAACCGUUUCAUUUUAUUUGUGUCGUACAUUUUCUUAACCGGCGGUGGAAUUAUCGAUUUACACUAACCUACUGACACCUGGAUUGAGAUGCGGCAAUGUUCAGAGCAAUAUGCACACGUGUAAACUUCUGCUGGAUUUGGCUGGCUGUUCUGUUUCUGCUGAAAGUAGAGGAUGUUGGCGCGUACAGCUGUCAUGAGGUGAAGACCGCUUUCCAGGUGCGACAGAUCGGUCCGCUGAAGUGGGUACCGGAGACACCUGGAACAGAUGUGGACCUGUUGGUGUGCAAGCACCAGGGCCCGUCCUGCUGCACCCGCAAGAUGGAGGAGAGCUACCAGGUGGCGGUGAGACGAGAGACCCUCCAGAAUGUCCGCUCCUACAGCUUCGAGCUGAAGUACCUCAUCUCCGGCCACGCCACCGCCUUCCAGGCCUGCUGCCUCAGCCUGCUGCCUCAGCCUCUCCCCAGCCUGCUGCCUCAGCCUCUCCCCAGCCUGCUGCCUCAGCCUCUCCCCAGCCUGCUGCUUCAGCCUCUCCCCAGCCUGCUGCCUCAGCCUCUCCCCAGCCUGCUGCUUCAGCCUCUCCCCAGCCUGCUGCCUCAGCGGGACACCUUCCAGUACCUGCUCUCCUUCUCCCAGGGCCACCUCUCCUCCCUGCUGGAAGACACCUACUCGCCCCUCUCCCGGGAGGCCCUCCCCCAUGUCAACGCCCUGUUCUCCUCCCUCUCCCUCUACAUCCGCGGACACAACCUCUCCCUCGAAGCUGCCGUGGCCCGUUUCCACGACAACCUCUUCCCGCUCGUCUAUGGGCGCCUGGUCAACCCGGGCGUGGGCGUCCAUGGUGGCUUGACCGGCGAGCGGGGCGAGUGUCUCCGCGCCACACGGCAGGACGUCAACCCAUUCGGCCCUCACCCCGAAACGCUCGCUCAGGAAUUGGGGCGCACCCUGGGCGCCGGGCGAGCCUUAUCCCUGGCCCUCGCCGAGGGCACCGAAGUCAUGAACGCCACCGAACACGUUUCCUUCACCAAAGAGUGUUUACGUGGCUUGACCAAGAUGCAGUACUGCUCGCACUGCCGUGGGCUGACGCUGAUCAAGCCGUGCGUGGGCUACUGCCUGAACGUGAUGCGCGGGUGCUUGGCGAGCGUGGCCGAGCUGGACGGGCCCUGGCGGAGGUAUGUGGCGGCUCUGGAGGAACUGACCAAUGCUGUGGCCGGACAACACAGCCUGGAACUGGCCCUGCUUGGAGUCAGGGGGCACGUGAAUGAGGCCAUACUACACGCUCAGCUCCAUGGGCCCACGCUGACCGCUACGGUGGACAAAGUGUGUGGUCGGUCAGCCAAGGAGCCCCGCACCAGCGUCCACCCUGACCCCGCCCCAGAGGUCACGACCUCCACGGUGACAUCAUCGACCGUCCCUCCCUCCGACCCCCCCUCCAUCCCCCCACCAGAACAGCUGAUGGGACAACUUGCCCACCUGAGGAGUUCAUUCCCCCUGAAACCCUCCAAGAACGAUAAACCUAGAAGUCUGAAAAAGAUCUCUAGGGAGUUUCUGAGCUACAUCCAGCGAUAUAAGUCAUUCUUUGCAGUGCUUCCAGAGAUGCUGUGUGAGGGAGAGAUGGUGGUGGACGACUUUACCUGCUGGAGCGGAGACGACGUGGUGGAGAGUUAUACAGGCAGAGUGGUGGGGAACGGUCUCCAGGCCCAGAAGCAGAACCCCGAGGUCAAAGUUCGCAGCCCAAACCCCGAACUGGCCGAGGUGAAGAAGAGGCUGGAGCGAUUCAACCAGGAGAUUCAGGACAUGCUGCCAGGGCUGGGCCAGAGCGAGUCCUGGGGGGAGCUGGGUAGUGGCGACACAGAGGAUGGCAGCGGAGACUGUGACGAUGAAGACGGGUGUCAAGGAUCUGGAACGGGGACGGUCAGGAGCUCCCCUGAUGGUCGACCAGAGGUUUCCAGCGACAAACCCGUAGGAAGUAACCCUGGUGGUCGUGCUCCCCCGGUGGUGAGGGUGAGAGGUGCAGGGUGCCCCCUUGCCUGUCUGUUUCUACCCACGGCCCUCACCCUCCUCCUGGUCACUCUGGCUCUACAGUGGAGCAUGCUGUGAACAAAUCAUAGUGCCCCCUACUGACCUGGCCCCAUCCACACACACAGUAGAGACUACACCCCUACACCACCUCCUAUGUACCCCAACCCCAAUGCACAGACUGGACUGGGGUAGAGGAAGGAGGAGGGGUGAAGAAAUGCGAAUAGGACAGAGAGAGAGGGAGGAGGGGGUGAAGAGAAAAGUAGAGAGAUGUGUGUGUGUGGUGGGGUCAGUGUGGAUGGGGACGGACAGGGACUGUGUUGUCCCCAUAGAGACGUGAGUGUGUGUGUACGAGCUCCUCACAGGCAGAUUGUUACAGUACUCAGCCUGCUGCUUCCUGUGUGUAUGCUGUGGACUAGGCUCCUCCACAGCUCUCCUGCUCUCUGCUUUAACAAUGCACUCACAUUCUCUGCCACUGGGACGGACUACCACGCAGUGGGACGGACUACCACGCAGUGGGACGGACUACCACGCAGUGGGACGGACUACCACGCGGGACUUCUGGGCCUCAAUAUGCAAAACUCGCUCACAUACUCACGUGCACGCUUUCACACACACACACACACCUACACUAACACAUAUGCAGGCAAGCAUGCAUACACUCACGCGCGCACACACUUUUCACUCUGCUGCUGGUUUUUCUGUGUUGUCAGCUACAGUACUUACCUCUGUGGAUACUUUUCAUCUUUAGCCAAUCUUCUCCUGGGUUUCAACGCCAUUGGGCAGAGUUCACUUCAUUUUAAAACCCUCAACUGUUUAUAUGCUCUAAAGGAUUAAUACAUAUAAGAAAUGCAUGCUGGAUUAAUAAUACAAUCACUUUCCACCAGGCCAGCGUAGCCGAUUGGACCCACUCUAAUUGAUUAAUCGUAAUCCACAUCAUCAUUUUGUAUUGCCUGUUGCUGCAGGGUUAUUUUCCUUCUGUAGCAAACUGGCUCAAAUGAAGAUCCUACGUCUGUAUGCAACAGUAGAAUGUAUCGAUCUCAUUGGUAGAGAAGGACAGACACGCACACGUUCGUCAGACGCGGCAUGUGUGUGUGGGUGGCAUGUACUGUGUAUAGACUGAUUGAUUUGUUUGAGUAUAUUUAGAUAUCGUUCUAUUGAACUCUCCCAACAGCAGCCCUUUAUUGAUAGAGUUGAAUGGAUGAAACGUGUCUGAAUAGAUUCUAUUUUGUUUCUAUUUUGUUUCCUGAAUAGCUUUGAAUGAACUGUGCUUUUCCCCGUAUUAAAUGAAACGCAAUGCAAUAGUAUCAGAGAUAUAUUUUGUAUCACGACUAUACCAAGAAUGUACACGUGUCUUUUCAUACACCAACAUGCUAUAUGAAGUGUUGGCAACUUUCUUUCACCAGAAACCAUCGGUCAAAGCCUGUUUGUACAUUGUUGAUUUACUAUUGUUCGUCGUUCCUCCAUUUUUUGUUGUUGUCUGUGUUUCGCUCUUUGAAUUGCACAUAUGUAUGUCUACCCUUCAUAUAGUUAUCAUUGUUUUGUUACGUUAGUAACUUGACACCGUGUACUGUAUUACAUUGAAAACAGUCUGUUACCUCUACGAAAAAACAACAACAUUGUUUAUGUUUUUAACAGCCUGAUACUUAAUUUCAUGCUACUCUGCAUCUCUCUCUUUAUCUCCCUCUCUCUUUAUCUCCCUCUCUCUUUAUCUCCCUCUCUCGCUCGUUCUCACUCAUCUGUCUCUCUUUUCCAUAACCCAUUCAAUUACUUUACUUCUGUUUGGACAAUGUGAUCAAAAGAUGUAACCAGCUUAUUCUACAGUUCCCAUAUUAACCCAUAUUUAGGAUAAUAACCGUUGAACAAUACAUUAUAUCACUAAUGCAGAAACAUACACAAUGCAGUUACAUACAUGGCAGGGCAUUUCUAUCGCUUCAUCAAAAUAUUCAAUCAAACUUGUUGUUUGAUUUAAUAUUUUGAUUGAAGUCUGUUGUAUUUUUAUUUUAUUUUUUAUAAGGGAAUGUUUCUUUGGUUGGUACCGUAGAGGUUUGUACACUUGAAGUGAUAAGAACCAGGAGAAUGAAUGUCUCAAAAAACACAGAUGUUUAUACUGUUUAGGCCAGUCGGUUUUUGCUGACCACGGGAUCUGACGAGUGAAAACUAUGCUACAUUCAGCCUACACCUGGUUCAUGUUCAAUAGGGCACGCAAAGGAAAGUGAAAAUGAGACGUUAUCAUGACCUCUUUUUUAAGUUUUUCUUCUUGCUGCCUAAUGAACACAACCCUCGCCUCCUCUUUCUGCUGACAAGGGCGUGACCUAUAUUGGGCGAAAAGUACUUGCUGUGUCUCCAAAGUUGGAGUUGUGCAUUGCUUCCCGCAGUUUCUGUAUCGAACUGAGUUGGCCUAAUGCAAAGUUGGCCGUCAGACAUUUUGUUUUCAGGCCACAUUCAGAGCUGUACUGUCUACACAUCACAUGGUCACUGUCCUCUCUGCUGCAUUUCUCAUCUACCAUUUCCUUAACUCGCAUCCAAUGCAUUCAGAUCACUUACUAUAGCAUGUGUAUAAAUGUAUAUAUUUUAAGUCCCUCUCAAUUUGUGGUUUCAUUUCCUUUCUUUUAUAUUGGAAACAUCACAGUGUAAGAAAUGUGGUGUAGUAUGGUAUAUCACAUUUAUUCUACUAUAAUGCUGUGCUGAAGAUUUUCCCCAUCAGCAAGUUUACUAUCGUAAUGGCCAUUGAGUGUGAAUGCAGUGGACAUUUGCCUGACAACUGAUAUGGGCUCUUUCUCAAUUAAUCUUUCUCCUAUUCCUUGUAUCCUCUCUCCACGCCUCAUUCUCAAACCGCUUUGGAGAAGAAAGCGAGCGGAGGGACCUUGGACCUUCUCCAAUAGGGUUGAGAAGGUGGUGAGGAAUCCCGGAAAGACUAGUUAAGAUAGAGCCAUUGUUUUCAUCCUAUAUGACUUAUUGCUUAUUAAAGGGCUCCCACUGU